CCCGCGCGGCAGGAUUGCCUCCAGCCCUAGCAUUGCCUCUGAGCCGCAGGAUUAUCUCUGAGCGGCAGGGUUGCCUCUGAGCGGCAACGUUGCGUUUGAGCGAAAGGGGUUCAUCUGAGCGGCAACGUUACGGCUACUUGUGCAGAGUGAUGGAGUCAGCUCUGGAAGACACAGGCAAGGAGGGGAAGAAGGAAUCCUCAAAGAAGCGUACGGUGGCUGUGUCUCCAAUGGAGGGCCUCCUGCAGCCUGCGAAGCUCAGCCGGGCAGAACUGUACAAGGAGCCUACCAAUGAGGAGCUGAAUCACCUUUGGGAGACUGAGAGUCUGUUCCAUUCCAGCUUGCUUCGUUUACAGAUAGAGGAGCUACUAAAGGAAGUGAGGCUGUCAGAGAAGAAGAAAGAGCGGAUUGAUGCUUUCCUACGGAAUGUCAAUCAACGGAUCAUGAGGGUGCCCUCAACCCCUGAGACAGAGCUGACCAACCAGGCAUGGCUCCCGGAUGGGGUUCGAGUCCCCCUCCACCAAGUGCCCUAUACUGUGAAGGGCUGUUUCCGCUUCCUGCCCCCACCCCAGGUCACUGUUGUGGGCAGUUACCUUCUGGGCACCUGCAUCCGGCCGGACGUCAAUGUGGAUGUGGCACUGACCAUGCCCAGGGAGAUCCUACAGGACAAGGAUGGGCUGAACCAGCGCUACUUCCGCAAGCGUGCCCUCUACCUGGCCCACUUGGCGCACCAUCUGGCCCAGGACCCACUCUUUGGCAGUGUUCGCUUUUCCUACACCAACGGCUGCCACCUGAAACCCUUGCUGCUGCUGCGGCCACAUGGGAAGGAUGAGCAUCUGGUCACUGUCCGUCUGUAUCCAUGCCCUCCACCGGACUUCUUCCGCCCCUGCCGCCUGCUCCCGUCCAAGAACAACGUGCGCACUGCCUGGUACCGAGGGCAGAGUCCUUCAGGGGAUGGUAGCCCAGAGCCCCCCACCCCCCACUAUAACACAUGGCUCCUGCAGGAUGCAGCCCUCGCGUCCCACGUGCAGCUACUGUCAACUGUGCUGGGCUCAGCCUCGGGGCUGAAGGAUGCUGUGGCACUGCUGAAGGUCUGGCUGCGGCAGCGGGAGCUGGACAAGGGCCUGGGAGGAUUCAGUGGGUUCCUUGUCUCCAUGCUGGUUGCUUUCCUUGUGUCCACACGCAAGAUCCAUACCACCAUGAGCGGCUACCAGGUCCUGAGAAGCACCUUGCAGUUUCUGGCCAGUACAGAUAUGACGGUCAACGGCAUCAGCUUAUGCUUCAGCUCAGACCCCUCCUUGCCGGCCCUGGCUGACUUCCACCAGGCCUUCCCUGUUGUCUUCCUGGACUCCUCAGGUUGUCUCAACCUCUGUGCUGAUGUCACUGCCUCGACUUACCGCCAGGUGCAGCACGAGGCACGGUUGUCUAUGGCGUUGCUGGACAGCAAAGCUGACGAUGGGUUCCAGCUGCUGUUGAUGACGCCCAAACCCAUGAUCCGGGCUUUUGACCACAUACUGCAUCUCCGUCCACUGAGUCGCCUGCAGGCAGCGUGUCACCGGCUAAAGCUGUGGCCAGAGCUGCAGGAUCAUGGUGGGGACUAUGUCUCAGCUGCUCUGGGCCCACUAACCACCCUUCUGGAGCAGGGCCUGGGGUCCCGGCUGCACCUGCUGGCCCACUCUCGGCCCCCAGUCUCAGAGUGGGACAUCAGCCAGGAUCCACCGAAGCACAGAGACUCUGGGGUCCUGACCCUGGGAUUGCUCCUCCGGCCCGAGGGGCUGACCAGUGUUCUUGAGCUGGGUCCAGAGGCUGACCAGCCUGAGGCUGCUGACUUCCGCCAGUUCUGGGGAUCUCGCUCCGAGCUUCGGCGUUUCCAGGAUGGAGCCAUUCGGGAAGCUGUGGUCUGGGAGGCAGGCUCUAUGGCCCAGAAGCGCCUUAUUCCCCACCAGGUGGUCACUCAUCUCUUAGCACUCCACGCUAACAUCCCAGAUACCUGUGUCCACUAUACGGGGAGCCUCCUGGACGCACUGAUCCAAGGCCUGAAAGAGACCUCCAGCACAGGUGAGGAGGCCCUGGCGGCUGCGGUGCGUUGCUACGAUGACCUCAGCCGCCUGCUGUGGGGACUGGAAGGUCUGCCACUGGCCGUGUGUGCCGUGCAGGGAGCUCACCCAGCGCUGCGCUACACUGAGGUGUUCCCACCAGCCCCAGUCCGGCCAGCCUACUCUUUCUAUGAGCAGCUGCGAGAGCGGGCCUCGCUGUUGCCCCGUCCCGACAAGCCCUGUCCGGCCUACGUGGAGCCCAUGGCUGUGGUAUGUCACCUGGAGGGCAGCGGGCAGUGGCCACAGGAUGCUGAGGCCAUACGGAGGGUCCGUGCUGCCUUCCAGCUGCGCCUGGCAGAGCUGCUGACGCAGCAGCACGGGCUGCAGUGCCGCGCCACGGCCGUGCACACAGAUGUCCUCAAGGAUGGGUUUGUGUUCCGGAUCCGUGUGGCCUGUCAGCGGGAGCCCCAGAUCCUGAGGGAGAUGCGAAGCCCCGAGGGGAUGAUCUCGCUGAGGGACACCCCCGCCUCCCUCUGCCUGGAGAGGGACACGAGGCAGUUGCCCCUGCUCACCAGCGCCUUGCAUGGACUCCAGCAGCAGCACCCAGCCUUCUCGGGUGUGGCUCGGCUGGCCAAGCGGUGGGUGCGCGCCCAGCUCCUGGGUGAGGAGCUCACCGAUGAGAGCCUGGACCUGGUGGCUGCUGCCCUUUUCCUGCACCCUGAGCCCUUCACCGCUCCCAGCUCCCCCCAAGUGGGCUUCCUUCGGUUCCUUUUCCUGAUAUCAACCUUUGAUUGGAAGAACAACCCCCUAAUUGUCAACCUCAACAAUGAGCUCACUGCGGAGGAGCAGGUGGAGAUCCACAGUGUCUUCCUGGCAACCCGGACAAAACUCCCCGUCAUGGUCAUCAUUACCCCCCAGGAUCGCAAAAGUUCUGUAUGGACACAGGAUGGACCCUCGCCCCAGAUCCUACACCAGCUUGUGGUCCUGGCAGCUGAGGCCUUGCCCGUCCUAGAGAAGCAGCUUAUGGAUCCCUGGGGUCCUGGGGACAUCAGGACGGUGUUCCGGCCCCCGCUGGACGUGUACGACGUGCUGAUCCGCCUGUCUCCCCGCCACAUCCCCCGGCACCGCCAGGCUGUGGACGCGCCGGCUGCCUCCUUCUGCCGGGGCCUGCUCAGUGAGCCAGGGCCCUCCUCCCUGAUGCCUGUGCUGGGCUAUGAUCCUCCUCAGCUCUACCUGGCACAGCUCAGAGAGGCCUUUGGGGACCUGGCCCUUUUCUUCUAUGACCAGCAUGGCGGAGAGGUGAUCGGUGUCCUCUGGAAGCCCACCAGCUUCCAGCCCCAGCCCUUAAAGGCCUCCAACACAAAGGGGCGCAUGGUGGUGUCUCAAGGUGGGGAGCUGGUGCUGGUGCCCAAUGUGGAAGCCAUCCUGGAGGACUUUGCCAUCCUGGGGGAAGGCCUGGUCCAGGCUGUGGAGGCCCAAAGUGAGAGGUGGACCGUGUGACCCCCAGCCCAGGAGCAAGCUGUAGAUGGACAACAAGACUGAAGGCCUCUGGGGACUUGCCUGGUGGCACAGUGGUUGAGAAUCUGCCUGCCAGUGCAGGAGACGUGGGUUCAAGCUCUGGUCCGGGAAGAUCCCCCAUGCUGCAGAGCAGUUAAGCCCAUGGGUCACAACUGCUGAACCUGUGCUCUAGGGCCGGUGAGCCACAACUGCUGAAGCCCGUGUGCCUAGAGCCCAUGCUCCACAAGAGAAGCCACCACAAUGAGAAGCCUGUGCACUGUGACGAAGAGUAGCCCAGGCUUGCCAGAACUAGAGAAAGCCCAGGUGCAGCAACAGAGAUCCAACACAACCAAUAAAUAAAAAUAAAUAAGUACACGUAUUAAAAAAAAAAAAGACUUCAGGCCUCUGGAGUAAGAUGUCAAUGGCAUGACCACCCUCACUGCGUGUGGACCCUCCAAGGAGGGCUUGCUGGCCGGAGCAUGUUGAAUCGUCCCCAACAAAGCCCUGUCCCAAUUUUCUAUCUGAUGCCCCAGCGUUGGGGCAGGGACCAUGAUGUCCUGUAGAGUCCCCUGGGCCUGACCAGAGAGGACUGGGAGCCAGCUCAGAGGGGACACUGAAUGAACCCAGGAGAUGCAUCUACUUGUCAGCCUGGCCUGUGCCUUUUUUUUUUUUUCCUUCCCAGGCUGCUUCCAGAAGCCUGGAGAAGAGGCUGUGUGCCCAGGGCUGAGGUUCUGUCCCCACCUCUCUGGCAGGAUGUGUGCCUCGACCUCAGUGUGCCCUUUGGUGCAGCGUCAGGCCUUUUAAAUGGGGCCCAGGGAAGGUGUGGUACUGCCUGAGGGUCACAGGGCACCAGCACUGAGCAGUGGCGAGCGGGCGAUGUGGGAUGAAUCGACCACAUUGAAGGGGUACAGUGCCCUCCUGUGUUGGUUCUGCUGCUUCCGGGGAUGGGCACGUGGAAAAGCACAGAGGACAGGAAGGGGCUGGGUGACCGCCAGGGUAAGGGGGACUGGUGGUCCCGCUUCCAAGAAAGAUGCAGAAAGCACUGAGGUCUGCCCUGGCCUCUGGUGUCCGAGCCCCUUGGGCUCUCUGUGUCCCUGCAGUGGGGCGCAGAGGUGAGCGGGACACGAGACCUGCUCUCCAGGAGCUCCCAGUGCCCUGGGGAAGGGGGUGCUGCUUCCUUUCAGCCUGGUCCACACCCCCCUUCUAUCAGCCUCUCCCUAAUCCUGGCUGUUUUUCCAGACUCAGCUCAAAUAGUGACUCCUCCUUAAACCCUUUCCUCACUCUAAGGUGUGCUUUCUCCCCUCUGAAACAUUAGAGCAGUUACUGCCUGUUUACUUCUCUUUGCUGUCAUGUACAGUGGCGUGAAGUCUUUUCUUGUUUUAAACUCUGAUUUAAAAUUAAAUCAUUUAAUU